UGCCACCGGGGUCUAGGGCAUUUCCACUAACCAUCCCCGAGGAGAAGCCUCUACCUUCAGUUUUGCAGGCACCCGACGUUGAGAUGAAACCACUCCCAACACAUUUGAAAUAUGUGUUUUUGGGGGAAAAAGAGACACUACCGGUCAUUAUCUCAAACAAUAUGACCGGAGAACAAGAAGGCAAAUUGAUAGCGGUGCUCAAGGAGCAUAAACUAGCAAUUGGAUGGACUAUAGCCGACAUCAAUAGCAUUAGUCCAUCUACUUGCAUGCAUCGCAUCUUAAUGGAGGAUGAGGCCAAGCCGGUACGACAGCCGCAACGAAGACUAAACCCACCUAUGAUGGAGGUGGUCAAAAAAGAGGUGAUCAAACUACUCCAAAUGGGGAUAAUCUUCCCCAUCUCCGACAGCAAAUGGGUUAGCCCAACCCAAGUGGUCCCAAAGAAAACCGGAGUCACGGUAGUGGAAAACAAACAUGGAGAACUAAUGCCCACCCGAAUUCAAAAUGGAUGGAGGGUAUGUAUAGAUUACCGUAGACUCAAUGCGGUAACUAGAAAGGAUUUCUUUCCUUUACCCUUCAUCGACCAAAUGCUUGAGAGACUUGC